AUAUUGCUUCUCGCGGAACCAUAUAUCUAGCCAUCAAAGUUUUGCCUAACGUUAAUGAAAUUCUUACACUUUUAAAACGGAAUGUAACACACCCGACAAUCGUUUGGAAGUUUGCCGAAUUUUCAUCUGAAAUGGUAUGUUCUCAGGGUAUCUUGAGCGUGAAGAGUAUGAGGAUGACCUCUACCGUGACAGUGAGGAGGACUCUGGGCUCUCUGCAGACAGUGAUGUUGAGGGAUAUCUUUAUUCCCAGCUGCAUUAUGCAUCAUCCCCAAAGGAUGCAACUCAGGGUUCUGUUCCAGAGCCAAAUAUCCAGCCUCAGGCGGAGAAGCCCCUGGUCGAGAAGAAAAAGUGUAUACAACCACAACCUGUACCAUCAGAGGUCAUAGUCAUUGACUCUGGGUCUGAUAUGGUGCUAACUUCAGAAGAUGAUGGAAUCUGUUCUUAUAAAGGGUCAAGGGCAUCCCUCCUCAGGAAGUCUCUAGCCACCAGAACACCCUCCUGUGCAGCUGUGCCAAGCUCUGCUCCCAAACGCCUGCCUGAUCAUCCUGUGGAAGUAGUUGUACUGGGAUCAGAUGACUCCUCAGAGGAGAGCUCUGAGGAGGAGUCUGACCAGUGCUCAGACAGAUCAGAGGGAGCUGGCAAACAAAAAGUCAUCAAGGUUCUCAAUUUAACGUCCAAUUCAGACUCUGACACUGAUUCAGAUGGGCUGGAGAAAUGGAUGAUUCUGGGUGAGGACAAAUGUAAAGAAGACCAGAGCAUUCAACUUAACCUGGAGGGAUCACUUGUCACAGAUGACCUGGAUAGCACCACUUGGAAGAUUUCAGACAGAGACCAACAGGCUCAGAUCGCAAACAAAACCCCAGGAGACCGACGGUCAGCUGCCAGGCCAGCGAGACGCUACUACACAGAGAAAUCUGUGAUCUGCAACAACUGCAACCUUGCUGGGCACUUGUCCAAGAACUGCCCCAAACCACAGAAGCUGAGUUCCUGUUUGCACUGUGGUCACCGCGGGCACUUCUAUAGAGAUUGUCCGGCCAUAUACUGCAGGAACUGUGGACUGCCAGGACACACUCACGACAGCUGCUUGGAGCAGUCCUACUGGUACAAGCAGUGCCAUCGUUGCAACAUGAAGGGCCACUUCCGAGAUGCCUGCCCAGAGAUAUGGAGGCAGUUCCAUGUCACAACUCUUACUGGUCGCCCAUGUAAACCAGCAAACCCACAGGCACACCGGAUUCCUCCCUACUGCUACAACUGCUCCCAGAAAGGCCACUUUGGUUUUGUGUGUUUGCACAAACGGAUGUUCAGCGGGACCUUUCCCAGUCUCCCAUUCAUAAAUUACUAUGACCAGCCAAAAGACUUUAAACGUCGUGACCAUCACCUACAGAAUAAAGCCAAAGGGUUGGCGGAGGCUGGACAGCUUGAGUUCUUUCCUGUCCAUCAAACAGAAGCAGCAGUCUUUUCACCUCCCCAUAAGAGACAGAAGACCCAUAACCAAGGCUUUCAACACAACAACUCACAACACAGUCAUAAAAGUAAACAGGAGAACUUGCUGCAGGGUAGCUCUAAACCUAAAGAUGCUCAGCAGAAGAACCCUGUGAACCUGCCUCACCACCACCAGUUCUGGAAGAAGAACCUCCCCACACCGGGCAGAGACACUAACCAAACUCCCCACAGUCAGAAGAAGAAGAAGAAGAAGAAGGCGGCCCACGGUCUCCUGGAGGAUGGCGAAGACUUCCCUCGCGGCCCCAAGCCCUGGACUCCACACGGCUCCAGCAUGCUCUUCUGCUCCUCCGCUGAGGCCAGUGGCAAUAAGAGAAGGAAGCAGAGGAGAGCCAGGGACAGCAAAGCAGCCAUGGAACAGGCAGCUGGACCUGCAGACGAGAACCUGUUUUCAAUCAAACAGAGGACCAAACGCAGAAGAAGAUGAGCUGUGUGUGUGUGUGCUGCACAUGUGGGUAUGUUUAUGCGUGCACCGUGCGUGUGUGUGUGUGUGGGGGGGUGUGUGUGUGUGUCUGUGUGCAUACCUGUGGGUGUGUUUGUGUGUGUGUGUGUGGGUGGGUGUUAGAGUGCAGAAAAUCUUUGGUAUGAAGCAACAGCUCCUUUGCCUUGUUCUCAUUGCUGCUCCAACUUGUCUGCAUUAGAGCUCCCUCUGGUGGCUGAACCACCAUCUUGACAAAGACUUUUUAAAGUGUUGAGCUGCACUCAAGCACACAGCAGCCUCAUCAGAGUGUCAUGUGAUGCUGCCACAAGCCUGAUGUUUUGGAAGGGAAAUAUAUGGAGUGAGGUGGUUCAAAUGUAAAGCCUAAAACAUUUACGCUUAAUUUCCCAUGCAUGGAGUCAGCCUAGUCCGAGACUAAAAUCUUCAGUUAGUGGAGAUUUUUCUUUCAGCUUUCCUUUAGUCGAGGGCUGGACUUAAUUCAUGUAUGGCUUACUGGCCCUGAGAAUUCCAGCUUGGAAGUCAUUUUAGUAAACAUGUAUGUUAAAAUAUAUUUAGAAAACAGUCAUAGUAUUUCACAACUGUCGCGAUUAAUUUAUUAUUCUCUGUGAUUAAAUGU